AUGGAAUCUUUGGCAACAAUCAUUCGUUUCGUCACGCUGAACUGUCGAACACUAUCGAGUGAACUCCAACAAGCCGCCCUGUCUAGAUGCGCCUUUGUACGACUGCGGGAUCGCAGAGGACGUAAACUCUGGAUCGUAAGUGCUCACGCACCUACGGAAACCACUGAGGACAACAGUAAGAACGCCUUCUAUGAUGAACUCAAUGCGUUGACGUAUAAAAUAACAAGCGAGAAGGUGGUCAUUGUCGGGAUCGACGCAAAUGCGAAGAUGGGACUCGAGCAGCUAUCCGAUGUGCUAGAGAAAUGGUAUUAUCCAGCGGAGCGCAGGUUGGACAACGAUGCGAAUCAUCGACGCCAUCAGCCUAAGUGGCAGGGAUUAACCCUUUUAACGCCUGAAGAGCAGCGCAAACGGAAGAUGAGGAGACUUAAACAUCAGCUCGACCACGAUCUGACGAGGAACAUUCCUCAAUCAGACCUUGCUGAAGCACCGUCAGCUCCUGAACCCAAGCACUUCCACAGGCCGACACAUGCGGUUAGCGGGAAACCACCGACCGAGUCGGAGGUUCUGGUCUGUAUCCGAAAGAUGAAAAAUGGAAAAUCUGGUGGAGACAAUGGGAUUAGCGCAGAAAUGCUGAAAGAUCUUCCCCCGUCUGAGAUUCGUGAGAUGACAAACAUCAUCCGAUGA